AGAGGUGUCAAUAUUGCUAUGCAUUACGUAUACAUGUAAGAACAAUUAUUAAUGAUCAACCGGUGACAACAAUGAGCAUGAUCCUAUCGCACUAACGUGAAUCAACGUUUCGUGUCAAGUCCUUCUUUUUUAAUAAAAUAACUGAUGAUAUAAUGAACUGUGAUAGUAUGAAUUUCAGUAGUUGUUAUGAGACAGCCAUAACAAGUGUAAUGAUGGGUUGGCAAGUAUUAAUUUUAUUGAUUGGGUUGUGUAAACUUCGAUCAGGAUUAGCACAGUCCGAUUUGCAGAUUAUUGUCGAUAGCAUCGAUUUACAAGUUAAUGAGGAAUAUUUUCAGAAUUGUAAACUAGAUGCUUGCGAUAACGACGAAAUGUUACCCAUAAUUAAAUUCAUAUGUGAUUUUAUAAAAGAAAUACCUUCAGAAGCAAUGUGUAAGUGCAAUCUAUAUGGAAUGGUUAAUGGUGAGCCUACUGAACCAACUGGUAUUGAAAUACAAAUGACAACGUGCCAAAUGAUAAACGAUACCAGCUUUAUCGGCCCAAUUUUGCAGGUGAUGAAGAUACCCUUGGAAUGUCCUAUACAACCGAUUUCUAUAGAUACCGGUUGCUUCACUAUACCUAUGGAUAAUUUUCCGGAUUUUUUUCCAUCCGGAGAAUAUAAGUUUGCUAUGACUUUAGAUUUUAAUGACAUUAGUUUGGUACUAAUGGAAAUGUAUUUGUCUUUCUAUUAACAUAAUUUCUUAAUGAUUUUCGAAUAUUUAUCUAACAAUUUGUUUCUCUAUAUUAUUUUGUAUAUAUAUGUAACAAUAUUUCUAUUCUC